AUGAAAGGCCCUAGGCUCGGGCCGGGCCCGUACCCAGUCCGGCAAUGGUUGACGGCUUAUUCGCACGGGGACGUCAACCGGCACCAAGUCCUGGAUGAUUGGAGACGGGGUACUGAUGGCUGGAUGGUUCAGGCUCCCAAGGCUGGCCCGUAUUUGAUCCAUGUCAGAUCAUUGGCAAAUCAAUGGCCGCACCUGGAAUUGCUGGCCGACUUUAUGGACGUGGGCACGCAUCCCAUCAGAUGGAACUCGAAAGCGCCAGGCGGGUACCCUGAUGACCCUGCCGAAAGAGAUGAAUGUAGACGCAAGCGCAUGAGAAAGACCAAUGUGUGUCUUUUAGAGUAUCCGCGCCAGGGAUCCGGCGUGGAGACCAAAACAUUCAAUGAUUCUACAGACCUCCAGGAAUUCCUUUCCGACAUGCGCGAGGAUGAGUCCGUCAAAACCAGACUGUUCGUGGUGGAAGACUUGUCUCGCAACGUUAUCGAAGCCCUUGGUUACCACUUCAAGAUUGAUCCGUCUUUCUUUCGGGAACAUAUCGUGGACUAUGCGUGGUACAAUACCAGCGACUGGUGGCGUGAUCCACCUAAUCUCGACAUAGUCUCUAGGGGCCAGAACUGGUUUCAACUUCGAUAUGUGAGGGCAAGGAAUUUCCUCAGCAACUCAGAAUUUCAAGAAGGCGUCGAACAGUCGAAAUAUUUCAACGUCUUCCGUCGCUUGGAUCGCGAUUUCAACAGUAACAACUUCUGGGACAAGCACGGCAAGGAUGAGGCCAAGGUAGGACUCACUCGGAGCAGAGCGACAUGCUGGAUACAGAGCCCUGAUAAGAAGGCGGGUGGUAUCACGUAUGGCAUACUCUUGCUGGAUCCAACCGUCAGGGCUGGAAAUCCCUUGUGGCUCAAGCAUCGAAACUGGGCACGGACACCGCCCGUAGGGGAGCCCAUCCCGAAAGAGAUGCCUCCCAGCGACAACUUCUUUGAAGAUUUCUUAUAUUGGGCACGCAAACCCGACGUUUUCAACUUCCAGGAGACUGGGAACUCUUCGUCACCAAUCUGUGUUCCGACGCAAGCCCUCUUGCAUCUCGUCUGCAAUGAGUGGCUUACCAUGGUCGACUACAUUAAGACCCGUCUCAACCAAGUCGACUGGGGCAUCGCCUUCCCAGACGACUUCCUGGAGAAGGAAGAGCAGAUCGACGAGCACUUGACAAAGCUUCACCACUGGAGACGAGUUGUCCCUCUCUACCGCGAGAUGAUCGCCGACACGUUCCUGCGCGUGUUCCGAGAGACUGCACACCCGAACAAGAUGCACCCUGGCCGAAAUAUCCACGAGCCAGCGCACAAGCCCGCCAGUGCCUUGGCGACACUGAUGAACACUGAAUGCAUCAAUGCAUACCAGCAGGACUUUGCCCUUGUACUUGGGUACAUGGAAGAAUUUCAGGCCCGGAUCGAUCGUCUGACAGAUGUCGUCACCGCCGUGAUCAACAUGGGUGAUUCACGGCGAGGAUACAAAGACAACAAGAAUCUGCAAUGGCUCACAUGGCUGGCGACUUUCUUCAUCCCUCUCAGCUUUGUUGCAACGCUGCUAUCAAUGACGACAGAUUCCAUCGAAAAUCUGGGCCCAAUCACUAGACUUUGGGCCAUCGUGGCAAUCCCUGCCGGACUAGUGAUAAUGAUUGUAGUAGGCGUAUUCAGCGUUGCCAAGUGGAGGAGGGCGAUCAGAAAGUUCUGGUCCGAAUUCCCGUGGUUCGGGGAGAGCCGACCUUUCAAGCCAAAGAGGACCUGA